GGCAACUCAAAGGUGCUGAAAAAGCAGGAGUGACAAGGGACCUGGCUCACAGUGGGACACCUGCGUUGCAAGCCCAGUUUCCCUGACAUGACACCCGGAGAGAUGGAGAUGGUGGAAGUAUACAUUUCGGAAGGCAAAGGCAGAGGGUUGAAGGCAGCCAAGGAAUUCUGGGCUGGGGAUGUCAUCUUCGCGGAGCCAGCCUACGCCGCAGUAGUUUUUGACAGCCUUACUCACCUGGUCUGCCAUACCUGCUUUAAAAGGCAGGAGAAGCUCCACCGCUGUGGUCAGUGUAAGUUUGCCCACUACUGUGAUCGAACCUGCCAGAAGGAUGCCUGGCUGAACCACAAACAUGAGUGCUCUGCCAUCAAGGCGCAUGGGAAAGCACCCAAUGAAAACAUCAGGCUGGCAGCCCGCAUCAUGUGGAGGAUAGAGAGAGAGGGAGGUGGCCUUACGGAGGGCUGCUUGGUCUCUAUCGACGACUUGCAGAACCACGUGGAGAACUUUGGAGAAGAGGAGAAGAAAGAGCUGAGGGCCGACGUGGAGAGUUUCCUCAACUUCUGGCCCCCCCAGAGUCAGCAGUUUGGCAUGCAGUACAUCUCUCAUAUAUUCGGAGUGAUAAACUGCAAUGGCUUCACCCUGAGUGACCAAAGGGGACUGCAGGCUGUUGGCGUGGGCGUCUUCCCUAAUCUCUGCCUGGUGAACCAUGACUGCUGGCCUAACUGCACUGUCAUAUUCAACAACGGCAAUCAUGAGGCUGUAAGAUCAAUGUUCCACACACAGAUGAGAAUCGAGCUGCGUGCGCUGGGUAAGAUCUCACCCGGGGAAGAGCUGACUGUCUCUUAUGUUGAUUUCGUCAACGUCAGCGAAGAACGGAGGCAGCAGCUGCAGAAGCAGUACUAUUUUCACUGCACGUGUGAGCACUGCCAGAAAGGGAUCAAAGAUGAUCUGAUGCUGGCUGUAAAAGAAGGUGAAAACAAGCCCUCCCAAGACGUAGUGAAGGAAGUUCUCCAGUUCUCCAAGGACACCCUGGAGAAGAUCAGCAAGGCCCGAUCCGAGGGGGUCUACCACGAAGUUGUGAAGCUCUGUCGUGAGUGUCUGAAGAAACAAGAGCCUGUGCUGGGAGACACUAACAUCUACCUGCUGAGGAUCCUGAGCAUCGCUUCGGAAGUGCUCUCCUAUCUCCAGAUGUUCGAGGAAGCAGCAGGCUAUGCGAAGAGGAUGGUUGAUGGUUACAUGAAAAUAUACCAUCCCAACAAUGCGCAGUUAGGGAUGGCAGUGAUGCGGGCAGGGGUGACCCAUUGGCAUGCCAGUCUCAUUGAAGCAGGGCAUGGCAUGAUCUGCAAAGCCUAUGCUAUUCUUCUGGUGACCCAUGGACCUACUCACCCAAUCACCAAAGACCUGGAGGUCAUGCGUGUCCAGUCGGAGAUGGAGCUGCGCAUGUUCCAACAGAAUGAGUUCAUGUAUUACAAAAUGAGAGAAGCAGCCCUGAAAAACCAGAAUAUCCAAGUUAUGCCUGAGCCCACCAAUGAAGCUUCAUCGGGCCUCUUCCACAUGAAGCAGUAACCCCAAAGCUUCCAGUUAUCUGUAUUACUGCACAUCUGGUAGAACAUCCACCCUUUUCUUCCACAUCUGAAGAGUGCUUUGUGCUUUGUAAUAAGCACCAUGCCAUCUAAUUAAGAAUACUUAUAUGUCCUGAGACAAGUACUCUUCCAGGAGCUCAAGGCACCAGCUAAGAAAUAUUUCACAGGAAAUAGAUCUUGUUUCCACAAAUA